AUGUCUGGACGAGGAAAAGAGGGCGGCAAAGCGCGAGCAAAGGCCAAGACCCGCUCCUCGCGGGGCGGGCUCCAGUUCCCCCUGGGCCGAGCCCACGGCCUGCUUCGCAAGGGUAACUAUGCCGAGCGGGUCGGGGCCGGCGCGCCGGUGUACCUGACGGCGGUGCUGGAGUACCUGACGGCCGAGAUCCUGGAGCUGGCGGGCAACGCGGCCCGCGACAAGAAGACGCGUAUCAUCCCGCGUCACCGGCAGCUGGCCAUCCGCAACGAAGAGCUCAACAAGCUGCUGGGCAAAGUCACCGUCGUUCAGGGCGGCGUCCUGCCCAACAUCCAGACCGUGGUGCUGCCCAAGAAGACCGAGAGCCACCACAGGGCCAAGGGCAAGUGAAUCUGCCGCAAAGGCUCUUUUGAGAGCCACUAAACUCUCAUUAGAGGACUGUGAUCACAACAUUUGGAGAGCUUUGAACGUGGCGGUGCGCGCGCACCCUGACGCAUAGCCAAUCACGUUAGGGCGGCAAGUUUAAAAAAAUUGCUUAAGUUUAAAAAAGAAUUUUACCUUAU